CCAGUUUAGAGAUUUUCAGAUGGAUUUUUUGCCUGUGUGAUAAUCAUUUUUCUCCCUCUUUUUCUCUCUUCAUUAACCCAACGCUGCCGAGAUGAAUGUCCGCUCACCUGAACACCUUAUAUGGAUUAAGUGGUUUUGAAAAUGCUACGUUAAUUUCUGCUGGCUGGCUAACAAGUUGGAUCCCUUCGUGGCGCCCUACUUCCAUGUCACUGCUGAAGAACGCAGAAGCCAAAAUCCUUUCCUGCAUCCGCAGUGAGCUUGUGACUCGCUUCAUAUCUCUUCCAACCCAGGACAAAAUCUGGACUUUAAUGGUGUGUAACAAAAGAAAAAAUCUAGAUGCCACAGAACGGAGUACUGCCAAUCACUCACCCCUUGUCCUUAUGCAUGGAUUUGGAGGUGGCAUAGGCCUCUGGGUGCAAAACCUUGAUGCCCUGUGUCGACGGCGUACUGUGUAUGCAUUUGAUCUACUUGGAUUUGGGAGGAGCUCGAGGCCGACUUUCAGCACAGACCCCAGUGAGGCAGAGGAUCAGUCAGUAAAUGCGAUUGAGGAAUGGAGAAAAGCUGUUGGAUUGGACAGUAUGAUCCUUCUGGGGCACAGUCUGGGAGGAUAUCUGGCUGCUUCCUAUGCCAUACGACACCCUCACAGGGUACGCCACUUAAUCCUGGUUGACCCUUGGGGAUUCCCAGAACGUUCACAGUCCCAAGAAAGUCAAGACAAUGGGAAUUCUGUCAAACGGAAUGGGCCACCGCGCUGGGUCAAGGCAGUGGCUACUGUUUUGUCUUAUUUCAAUCCUCUAGCAGUGCUACGAGUUGCAGGCCCCUGGGGCCCUGGUCUGGUGCAGCGGUUUCGACCGGAUUUCAAGCGAAAGUUUGAGGAUCUGUUUGAUGAUGAUACCAUGACGGAAUACAUCUACCACUGCAAUGCACAGACCCCCAGUGGUGAAACUGCGUUUAGAGCCAUGUCAGAGUCCUUGGGCUGGGCCAAGCGCCCCAUGCUGGCCCGAAUUCACUUGAUAGCACGUGAGGUUCCAAUCACUCUGAUUUAUGGGGCCCAGUCUUGGGUCGAUGGCAGCACAGGUGACCGUGUGAGGGACCUACGACCGGGAAGUCAUGUCAACAGCGUGACUAUAAAAAAUGCUUCGCACCAUGUUUAUGCAGAUGCACCAGAAGAAUUUAACCAGAUUGUUGAAGAGAUCUGUGAUUCUGUGGACCAUACAGCAGGCCAAACCUCGUGAUUCAUGGAGCAAAAGGUUUAGAAGCACAGUGAAUGCCCACAUUCAGCCCAGCUGUCAAACUGAAGUGGAGAACAUGGGGCUCUACAUGAGUUUGUGACUAUCGGCUGGGCAUCAUUCAUCAGGACAGGGGUCGGGGAUAGAAAAUAUGGCUAUCCGUACCAAGAUGAUUGUUGGUGUUCCCUUCUUAAAGAUGACCCAAGGUUUUGAGCUAGAAGAUUGCUUUAGCUAUGAGUUAUUGCAGCUUCUCGAGUUAGACCAUUACCCCACAAAUCUCCGUCCUUGAGCUCCACUGCAAGGGGGACACCGCCAUUCCUUAUCAUUUCCCAUUCAUGAAUCAUGUUUUGGGAAGAACAGUGUUUCUAACAAAAUACCGUGAGUCUGACUUAUUUACCUAGGUGUACCUCGGUGGACAAUUUUCCUUAAGUCUGAAAAAAGUAAUUUGCAUUUUUUUUGCUUAGCAAUGUGAAAGCAUUCAUUUCUGAAACGAUGCAGUCAUGAUAUUAAUGUAAUAUUUACUUUAAAGGAUAAGUUAAGUAUUUUUCAAGUCAAAAUUAUUUCUUCACAAUUUUGGUAUAUAUUUAUUUGCCACAUAAAAUUGUGCUGUAAAGUGAAGCGUUUUCUUAUACAUUUUAAAAAUGUGUUUGUUCUUGCAGCUUACAGUGAUGUUAAUGGAUACACAGGUCCAUAAGGGAACGAAAAAGCCUUACACCUUACCAAAUGUGUGCAUUUUUUCAAGCAAAAAAUAUUGUAUAACAUUGGUCAGUGUCUUGACUAAUGAUGAGCAAACCCCAUGGAUUUCUAUUCGCUGCGCGUUGAGUGAAAUCAAAGAAAUGUUUGUGAACUUCACCAAACUCUGCAAAAUGUGUUGAAGUCAAUGGGGAAGGAGGGACUGAACUAGUUUUAGUGGAUUAUAAUGGUGCAAUGGUCUUUUAAGUGUCCCUGUGGGCUACAGAAAAGUCUGCAAACUAUGGUGAGCCAACUAUGGUGGCCAGAUAUGUGAUAUGAGCUGUAAGGCAGCAGUACUAAUCACUGUAUCCCUGUGUCUCAAACAGUAAAAGACGCAGAUGGAAUGAAUAUCACAAACUAAAUGCAACAACCAACCACAGGCACAAAUUAGCAAUAAGUAAAUAAAAUGUACUAAUAAAAUGCCACAAAGCGUUGGUGUUGGUCUUGCUCAUUCCAUUGUUUGACAUAGUUCUGGGUGGAGCUGGAAUGUCAGUUUUAUUUCCAGUUUAUCUGGGCAAAUACUUUAAUUAAGAAGAAAGAAACUACUUGCAAACAGUAAUAAAAUCUAUUGUAGUGUCAUGUGUUUGGUGAUGAGAGAAGCAGGAGCUCACCUGUAAGGCUUGUUUUAGGAUGUAGCCAGCAUGCAAAAUUAGCCAUGUGGUGCUACGCUGCCAGCAGGGAUCAGUGCUCGUAAUAUUCUCAUUAUGGUCACAAAUGUAUCCUUCAAAUGAAAAUGCUGCAAGUUAUUUUUAUCUAUUUUUAUUUUUCUAUUUUUUUUAAUGCAUGCAGGAUGUAAAUUCAGUAGUGUUUCUCAGCCUUUAUGGCUUCGGGACCCAAUUUUACCUUUUUAAGUUCACUGAAGACCCACAUACUGCAAUUGAAGACAUGGGUUUAGAGUUGAAACAACCGCAAAUUGAAGAGGGAAGUUUUCCCCUUGGUGAAACAAAUGUGGUUGGAUAUGGGACAAAAUAUCACUCAGUACUGUUUUUGUUUUCCCUUGUGUGCUUGCAAGCCAGUGAUGGCCAUGUCUGUAAUAAUCUUACAGUAAGUUCUGCGCAUGGUUGUCACAGUUCUGUGAUAUCAGUCUGGCCUCACAAAGCAUUGUGUAGCACUUGGAAAAAAUUAAUUUCUGGGAAAAUGUGCAGGGAAAAAGGUCACUAGCAGGCACUGGAUAUUCACUGUGAAAAAUGCUUAUGUGAAUUUUGCUGAUCUACGCUACUCUUGAGACUGCAUAUAUAUUGCGAAACAGCAUAGCAGUAUUGUUUUAAGAAGGAAAAACACACAAAAUAAAACAUUGUUUUGACAUUCAGUCAUUUUACUCUGAAGUUCUUCUUCCACUGCACCGUUCAGUGCCAGGGGUUUGAAAUCACCUCAGAAAGUCAACACAAAGCGCUGCUAUUGACAUUAUUAAAUGCUAAUGCUCAGAUUUGAAUUGCUGUCUGUGUUUUGUAGACAACUAGGUAAUAAUAACUGAAAAAAAUCAUACUUUACAGUUGCUUAUAUUUUUACUAUAUGGAAAUCAUUUAUGUUUCAUUAUUUCAGUGUCUGCUUCCACCAUGUAGCGACACAAGCCCCUGCCUCACUCUGCUCACCCAGGGUUAGAGACAACCCAUAUGCACCCGUAUGCCACCAUUUCCCCUAGCUGCUCAUCGUCGGCUACACAUCACUGGCACAAUCUCAGUCUGCAUUUUUCUACCAAACAUGCAUACUGUACUAGUAAUCUGUCAUUCAAGGUAAGGUAUGACAGGCAAAGAAGGUGAUAGUUUAUAGGCUCAGCUAGUGCCGUGUCUGUGGUUUACACCUUUGCCUCCCAGUCCUUGCCUCUGCUUUUGGAGCGCCUUUUAUUCUGGAUUCACAGGUAAUGCAGAGCUGUCAUUCCUGCCUCACAACACCAGGGUCUGCUUGAGUUUUAGAUGUACUCCCUAUGUAUUUACGGAUUGAUUUUUAUUUAUAGAAAGUACAAUGAAUCUCUUAUGUACUCUUUAUCUACACUACCACUUGGCAUUAAUCUCACUCUGUAGGUGAUGUAAAAUAACAGCACAGAAUGUAUUGGGUGAAAAAUAAGCACCAUUUAGGUAAAACAGUCAUAUAAUUGUGAGUGUAUAGCUGUCUAUUAUUACAAGCCAUGACAGAACAUAAUUUGAAAAAACAGAAUUGCAGGGACUAGAGUGGGAUUAUAAGCAGAAUACAGACCUUAGCGCUGAGGUCUUCUUGGGUUGUUAUAACUUGACCUACGGUGGGCUGUGAGCAGACAAGUGAACAGGAAAUGCAUUUUUACCUCAAGAAAAAUAGUUCCAAGAAUUGUGAUAAGAAAAUACUUUUUCUUGUUUCCUUUCAUUAUUACAAAGAUGCCUCAUAAAUGUGGAAGGCAUAUUUUCUUAAAUUGAAAACUUUGCUGCUUCAAAGUGGACAUACUGUAUUUGGUAAGUUUUAAGGCUUUUUCAUUCACCUGGACUGUGUAUCCAUUGGUCCCAUUAUACACUGUACAAAUAAAUUUUCAAAAUUUAUAAAAAGUGGUUCACUUCAGAACACAAUUUUAUGUGGCAAAUUAUUAUAUACCAUGAUUGUGAAGAAAUAACUUUUAACUUGAAAAAUAUGUAACUUACCUGUUAAGCUCGAAUAUUUAGCAGAAAACAGAGCUAACCAUGGAGAAGCUGUAACAGAUGGAAAGAAAAAUCAUAGUCAGACCUACUCCAUUUUUUCUGAGUGUCAAAAUUAUAUCCUAUGCAGCAGUCCAUUGAAAAGCUGUACUCGCUGUGGUGUCAGCAGUAGGGUCCUGUUCAUCUAUUCCAUAAACCCAAACUAGCUAGCCUUUGGAGUAGGGAUACCAUCUAGGGCUCUCUCAGCUCUUGUAAUAGAGGCCUUGUCUGGAAUAAGUAGGAUUUGGACCUUACUCUAAUCUCCUAGUAAAACUGGUACAGGUUAUAAGAUGAUCCAUAUUCCCCAUAGGGCUUGCCUGAUGAGACACCAAGAUAACUAAGAGGAAAGUCACAUAUGACUGUCCUGAAAUUAUUGUAACAGCCAGUGUUAGACUGUUACAUUAUAGAUUAAACAAACAACCCCAAAAUCCUUGAUCUCUGCUGUCUUAAGAGCCUGCCUUCCUUUUUUAGUAGCCAUACAUGGAAUUGUGAAUUUUGAGAAGAUUAGCAUUUCUACAAAGAGUACCUGAGAUGAGAAGGCUUUAAAGAAAUGCCAACUAGAUCAUGGAUCUUCUGCCUCGAUCCUAAUGGGCUGUGUUUUAAUUUUUUUUUCUUUUUUUUCAAUUAAUAGUCAUUCUCUUAAUCAGCUACUAAUAUCAGACUUUUCACAGAACUGAUCACUUUCAUCUGAGCCUGGGCAUUACAAAAAUCAAUGUAUGAAAAAUAGCAAUACAUUAGGAAGCAAGUAAGAGAGUAUACACUCAUUAAGGAAAAUCUUCCUUUUGCUGUCAGAGCAGUCUCAGUUCUUCAUGGCAUGGAUUCCGCAAGAUGUUGGAAACAUUUCUUUGAGAUUCUGCUCCAUGUUGACAUGAAUGUAUCAUCCAACUUCUGCAGAUUUGUCAGCUGCACAUUCAUGCUGCCAAUCUCUCAUUCUACCCCACCCCAAUGGUGUAGAUCUGGUGACUUGGAAUCCCACUGAAGUACAUUGAACGUGUUGUUAUGUUCAUGAAACCAGUGUGAGAUGACUUUUGUUUUGUGACAUGGUGCAUUUUAAUGCUGAAAGUAGCCAUUAGAAGGUAGGUGAACUGUAGCCAUGAGGGGAUGCAUGAGGUUAACAAUAAUACUCAAAUAGGCUUUGGCAAUAAAGUAAUUAAUGAUUGGUAUUAACUGGCCCAAAGUGUGCCAAGAAAACAUUCCCUUCACCAUUACACCAGCUCCACCAGACUGGACUGUUGCCAUAAGGUAGGUUGGUUUCAUGGAUUUAUGCUGUUGGCACCAAUAUCUGACCCAACUAUCUGUAUGCCUCAGCAGAAAUCGAGAUUCUUCAGACCUGGCUAAGUUUUUUCUAGUCUUCAGCUGUUCAGUUUUGAUGAGUCUGUGCCCACUGGAGCAGCAGCUUUCUGUUCUUGGCUGACAGGAGUGGAACCCAACGUGGUCUUUAGCUCUUGUAGCCCAUCUGCUUCAAUGUUCGCCGUGUGGUGCAUUCUCAGAUGCUUUUCUGCUCACUACAGUUGUACAGAGUGGUUACCUUAGUUACUGUAGCCUUUCUGUCCGCUCAAACCAGUCUGGCUGUCCUACUUUUACUUUUUUCAUCAACAAGGUGUUUCUGGUUGCUGAGCUGCCACUCAUUGGUUAACACCAGUCUGAGUAAACUCUGUAGAGACUGUUGUGUAUGAAAUCCCCAGGAGGUGAACAGUCAUAGAAAUAGUCAAACCAGCCUGUGUGGCACCAACAGUCAUGCCAUGGUCAAAAUCACUGAGCUCACAUAUUUUUCCCAUUCUGGUGUAACUGAAGCUGCUGACUUGUAUCUGCAUGAUUUUAUGCAUUGUACUGCUGCCACAUGAUUGGCUGAUUUUAUAAUUGCCUGGAAAAGCAGCUGUACAGCACUUCCUAAUAAUUUACACAGUAAAUUUAUGUUGGUCAGUGUCAUAGCUUCUAAAUUUCAGGGUUAUCUGAGUGGACACAGCAAGAAAUCUGCUCCAGCUAACAAGUAGACUGCAUAUCACAGCAAAAACUGGGAGCAUCCAUGCUUCUCCACUUAGGAACCACUCUUUGGGCUUCAUGAAGGCCUCCUAAUGCAGGCACCUCCAGUAAGGUGUAACAAGACAGGAGUUUCCACAAGGAACUUUUCUAGGUGAAGCAGAAACAUUCAGACACAGUUUGAUAGAGUGUACAGGCCAGACUCUGUACAAAUGGGACAUCUCAUUUUCCAGAAGUCCAUUGUCCCUGGAAUUGCUUUUGGCAUGUGUCACAAAAUCGUGUUCCAUGUCAUGAAGCCCAAUGCACAAAUGUUGUUCAGUGGUCAGAAAGGUUAAUCCAAUGCUAAUGUAGACUCCCGGUGUAUUGAGCCUAACCCAGGAAAUGCCCCUGACCAAAAGCUGGCAGAUCAGAGGUUAGUUUAUUAAAAUCACUUCAUUCUGUAAAACUAGACAUUUACUAAUAAGUACAACUUUUGCUAACUUAGAAGACACACUUAUAUUUUUAAUACUUUUGUUAUAUGUACUUUAUACACUUUAUUAAAUAAAGAUGCUAUAUUUUUUCCU